AAUGACAUCAUUCAUGCAGGGCAGCAGGGGUGAGACUGGGCGAGAGCAGAGGAGAGAUGGCAUGAGAAAUCUUUGUCUUCAAUGGGCUGUGUGUUCAGUGGACUUUUAACUCCUCUCGCCUAAAACCAUCAGCAGACACUGUAAACCACUGCGUUAUUGCACAAUGAAAUACUCAUUUGGACUUUUCGUGGUAAUCUCUUCGUUGACCGUCACCGUCUGCAAUAAGCAUUAUGGAAUGCAGUACUCCUCAUUAGACACAUCACUGCGUUGCUAUAAGUGCUCUGAUUACUACGGAGGCUGGUGUAGAAAUAUCCAGGAGUGCACUUAUGAAGAUUCGUGUUUGUCUCUGCAUGAGAAAGGAGGGAAAACGAUCCGGCAGUGCAUCAGGUACACGGACUGCGACAACUCCCGGCUGACUCAGAUGUUUCCAGCGGUGUCUGGAUUCACGUACCGCUGCUGUAACUCUAACUUAUGUAACAGCGGGCACAGGAACAUGGCCAUCCUCAGUCUGUUUAUCUCUCUGCUCAGUGUGUGGUGGAGCUACUGCUGCUAACCUUCUCACCGUGUCACAGAAAUUUACUACUCUUACGUGCAGUAAUGGUAAUAGAAUGUUUUUCAUAAUUUUAACUCAUUCUAAUAAGUUUAACUUGAUUUAAUACAUAUAAACACAUUUUCUAGAUGCUAAUGACUUGUUCUGACAUGUUUUAAUUGAAUUUGCUAGUUGUUGGAUAGCGAUGAAAAUAACAAAUAAAAGCUUUGUGUUUAAGGA